AUGCUCUUCCCAUCUGUCCGAGAUGCCGGUCUUUUAGUCCUUGGGGCCUUGAUCGCGUUCAACCCUAUACUCAGUGGUGCUAACGAUGUUUCGGUACCCAAGGACCCGCUUGGCCCGCUCAAAGUCACCCUCGACUAUGGCCUUGCAAUAAAUUGGCCACGGGAACAGAACGCCAACAUUAAAAAUGCCAAGCGCAAUUGGCAAUAUAGCAGCCACAUCGUGUUUGCGAGUCCCGUCGGGAAUUCUGACGAGAAGAACCCUCCAAUCUCAGACGGGCAGCUCUGGCAAAUCGCGCGAGAUGCGGUCGACGAAAUGACAGCAGACCGAAAGCAGUAUGGCAUCGUCAGAGAUGAGGCAGAACCCACAGCGAUGGGAAUUCUGGCCUGGGGCAAUGAAAUCAUCCUUGCCUCCUCUAUGAAGGGAGCGGGCCAUUUCUCCUAUGACUUUCUUAACGGCCAGACGCCAGUCGGCAGAAGUCUUCAGGAAUGCCAGAUGGUCUGGCGAGAUAAGACCGGCAACGAGAAUCAAAUACACACGAACCGGGGUAGUUGCGCAGAGCCUAUGGCGGCCCAUCUAUACUAUAGAAAUAACGAUGUCCCCCUGAAAGAUCGAAAAGCGAGGGUUGGCACAUGGGUCAAAGUGGGCGGAGUGCGCGGUGUAUGGUCCCAGAUAGAUCCAUGUGGAACUGGCGAGGAGGAAUUUUGGGGCUGCAAUCUUUUCACUGAAAAUCAGGGGCUCAGAGUCUUAGAUAAGAACACACCGCCGGAGCCGUACACGCUGGCAAACCUUGCAGGAGGCCCGAUCAGGAUCGACCAGAUUCAGUUAUGCGGGGGUGACCCCAGAGUGUUUUUUUAA